GAAGAAGUUGAAGCUUUCAAUUUACUUAGCAAAGCUAUUUUUGAUGAUAAAGUAACUAAUUAUAUUACUAUUAUUUGCACUAACUUUCCCAAUUUCGAAAAUUAUGAAUCAUGUGAAAGAGAUCGUAAAAUAUUUUGUGAAGAAACUGGAAAAUUUUCAGAGAAACUCGUUCAUACCGAGAUUAUCUAUGUAGAUAAUCCACCAGCAAAAGGCCGUUAUUUGUCAAUUUCAAAAGGAUCACGAGAAGAAUCUCGCAAAAAAUUAUUAACACAUUUAAAAACUUGUCAAAAAGUUUACCAACCUGAACUACUAACUAAAUUUAGUAAAAUGAUUUCCGAGUUCAAUUUAAUUAUAGAUGAUACUAAAAAAGCAAUUAUUAACGUUGAUGAUUAUUUAAACAAUAGUAACAAGUAUUUAAAUGAUUUCAUUAGUGAACGAGAAAAUAUAAUUGAACUUAUUAAAGAAUGUAAAGAAAUGGUUAAAGGGCAUAUGAAAUCACGAUAUACUUGGAAAACUAUUGGUCAUUCCGUUUUGUUCGGUGGUAAUGCUUUGAUAAUCACAGGAAUACUGGUACCUCCUGUUCUGGUGCCAGGUAUUAUUGUAUCGGUUACUGCUUGGUUAAGUGUCACUAGUUCCGAUUCUAAUGCAAUUAUUAAAGAAAAUGAAAUAUAUCAACAUUUUGAAAGAUUUCUUGCUAAUGACAAAGAAAGUCGUAAAGCAUUAGAAGAUUCACUUAUAAAAUUAAAAAAAGCUAUUGGAAAUUUUAAAGAAAUUUAUUUUCGCUUCGAAAGUUCAGAAUGCAAAAAACUGAACAUAGACAAAAAGAAAUUUGAAGUAGUCAAGAAUGUGCUGGAUAAAAUUUUGGGAGAAAGUGAUGUUAAUAUGAGUUUGGAAGUUGAUAAUGAUAUAAGUUUAGAAGAUGAUGAAGAAACUGAACAUUUUUUUAGUAAUAAGGUGACAAAAGCUGCUAUAGAGGCUUUUUUGAAACUUGUGCUGCCUCCUAUGCACCUUUAUUGUGUGUUUCGAGAUAAUAAUGAAGUCGAAAGCCGUGCUUCCUUGAAAGAUAUGAGAAAAACAAUUGAAAAUUGGAGAAAAGAUUUGAAAAUUUUAAAAGAAAAAGAGCAACUAUUAACUACAAUAUGUGAAAAAACUAAGUGGUGUAAAGACGAAAUGGUAAAACUACAAAAUAUUGAACAAAAG